GGCGCCCCCUCGGCCCCCGUAGAGUAGCGUUGAAAACGCGCAAGUGACGUCGCUUGUUUCCUUGGUGACGGUUGCCAGGGCAGCGCGUGUCGGCGUCCGGAGGAGGUGACCUAGCCGCGGCGGUCCUAGAAGGGAGAAGUGGAGAGAGACCGCUUUAUUGAGUCCGGAAUUGUGGGUUCUUGGUCUCACUGACUUCAAGAACGAAGCUGCAGACCCUCGCUGUGAGUGUUACAGUUCUUAAAGGUGGCGUGUCUGGAGUUUGUUUCUUCCUUCUGAUGUCCCGAUGUGUUCAGAGUUUCUUCCUUUUGGUGAGUUCAUGGUCUCGCUGGCUCAGGAGUGAAGCUGCAGAUCUUCACGGGCAGGAUGGCAGCAGAUGAAAGCUCACAGAACACUUUGCGGCUCCAGUUCAAGGCAAUGCAGGAGAUGCAGCACAAACGGUUACAGAAGCAGAUGGAGAAAAAGAGGGAAAAAGAACUGAGCCUCAAAAGCAGAGCUGACGACCAAGAGGAGCCCUUGGAGGUUUCAGAUGGCCUCAGCCUUCUCCACGCAGGGGAGCCAAACUCGAAAAAUAGUUUUGAGAAGAGGGUGCUUGAAGAUGAGAUUGAACACCUUCGAAAUGAGCUCAGGGAAACAGUGGAUGAGAACGGGCGAUUGUAUAAGCUGCUGAAGGAAAGGGACUUUGAAAUCAAACACCUCAAAAAGAAAAUAGAAGAGGACAGAUUUGCCUUCACAGGGACAGCCGGUGUAGCCGGAGACGUGGUCGCCACCAAAAUUGUGGAGCUAUCAAAAAAGAACCGGCUGUUGAUGGCAGAAUCAGAGGGUGCAAAAACCAGGGUGAAGCAGCUGACCAAUCACAUCCAGGAGCUGGAGCGGGAACUGCAGACAGCCCUGACCAGGCUGUCAGCCAAGGGGGCCACCGACGCAGGAGCCAAGCCACCGAGGGCCCAGAUGGGAGACAGAGCAUUGCUGGAGACCCCAGAGGUGAAGGCCCUGCAGGACAGGCUGGCGGCCACCAACUUGAAGAUGAGUGACCUCCGCAACCAGAUCCAGUCUGUGAAGCAGGAGCUGCGGAUGGCACAGAAGGUUUUGGCCAGAGAGGUUGGGGAAGACGUCAACAUUCAGCAGCUCCUAUCCUCGCCAGGGACCUGGAGGGGUCGGGCUCAACAAAUUCUUGUUUUGCAGAGCAAGGUUCAAGAGCUUGAGAAGCAAUUGGGCCAGGCCCGGAGCCAGUCUGCAGGAACAGCCAGUGAUGAGUUGUCUGUCUAUCCAGACCCAAGGAAGCUGUCGGCACAGGAGAAAAACCUGCUGAGGAUCCGCAGCCUGGAAAGGGAAAAACAGGAAGGCUUGGAGAAACUUGCCAGUGAGCGGGAUGCCCUCCAGAGAGAGCUUGAAGAGCUAAAAAAGAAGUUCGAGGGCAUGAGGUCUCGGAACAAGCUGCUGUCAAGUGAGAUGAAGACCCUCAAGAGUCAGAUGGGAACCCUGGUGGAGAAGGGCCGGCAUGAUGACGAGCUCAUCGACGCCCUCAUGGACCAGCUGAAGCAGCUACAGGAGAUCCUAGGCAGCCUGAGUCUGCAGGAGGAGAAAACGCGAGUGUCCCAGCACCACCUGGACCAGCAACUGAACAGCGAGGCUCAGCGGAGCAACAGCCUAGUCGCCCAGCUGCAGGCCAUGGUAGCUGAGCGGGAGGCCAAAGUGCGACAGCUGGAGAUGGAGAUCGGACAACUCAAUGUGCACUAUCUUCGGAAUAAAGGAGUGGGUGAGGGGUCCAGUGGUCGCGAGGUCAGCCCUGCCUAUACCCAGUUCCUGGAGGACCCAGGCCUGACCAAGUCCCCGGCCUCAGCAGGCGAUCAUGUUGGCAGGCUUGGAUCUUCUCGCUCUGUGACCAGCCUGGGCCACACACUGGUGGAAUCUGCUCUCACGAGGCCUUCCCUGCCCAGUCCCCACAGGACCUCACCUAGGUUCUCGGACUCCCCAGAACAAAAAGGCUGGCAGGCACAAGUGACAGAGAUCAAGGCCCUCUGGCAGGCUGCCGAGGUGGAGCGUGACCGGCUCACCGAGUUUGUCACUGUCCUGCAGAAACGGGUGGAGGAGAGCAACAGCAAGCUCCUGGAGUCUGAGAGGAAGCUGCAGGAGGAGCGACACCGCACCGUGGUGCUGGAGCAACAUCUGGAGAAGAUACGCCUGGAGCCAGGGAAGGCAUCAGCCUCCCAGAGAGCAGCUCCCAGGACCAAAACAGGUCUGCCCACCUCUAACAACAGGCACAACCCAACUGGGAGCGAGAAGAAGGACCCAUCCUUUGCCCAGCUCUCCGAUGUGCCCGUGGAAUCCCAAAUGGAAGAGCUGACAACCAGGCUGGCCAUCCAGGUGGAGGAGAAUGAAAUGCUAAAGGCUGCCCUGGGCAGUGCCCUGCGGGGAAAGGAGGAGGACUUCCGGAUGUACCAUGAGAUCCUGGGCCAGGUGAAAAGUGUCUUCCUGCAGGCCCUGCGGCAGCAGAAGACAGGCAAGCAAUAGGAUGACAGCCCAGUGUCGGCCUGGCCGGGUGGGCAGCCUCAGGUCUUGAGAGGAUAAGACUCUGUCUGAGGACUCCAUCUGCUCCGGGAAGCCAGCCCAGGGCAGCCAGCUCAACCACUUCUACCAGAAGAGGCUCCUUAAGGAUGACCAAAACCAAUGUCUCAGGCCAGGAAGGCAGAAGAGAAGCCCUGGUGGGACACUGCAGGAGACCCUGGGCCGGCUGGGUUACAGCAGCAGGGAGGCCCAGCAGCCCACUGGCAGAGGCGAGAGCUCUGGGACGGCAAGGCGGCUGUGAAUGGACAGAUGCAGUCCCUCGGGCAGGUGUUCAUCGCCCUCAUCCUAGGUACUAGCCCUGGAUGUCCCCAUGGCUUCACACACAGAAGAGUCCUUGGUUACCCUAAGUGGGCAUAUCCUCCAUGCCACUCAGCCCCGCCCUAUCCCCUCACCCCCAUCCCGGCUCCAUCUGUAGCCAUCCACACCCUACACAGACUUGGGGCACUAUGCUCUCAACCAGUUUGUCAGCCCACUCCUCAGGACACUUCCUCAGGUGCAGACCCUUGGACUUGUAAUAAUAAUAAGUAUUUUCAUAAUCACUGCAGCUCCCAGUGAGUGAGCAUCUACUGUGGCAACCUGACCCCAUUCAGUCUUCUAAUAACCCAGGGGUUUGUUGUCUUAUUUGACAGAUGAAGAAACAGGUUCACAGAAAGAAGCUGAGCUAAUAUUUAACUGCAGUCUGCCUGACCCCAAAACCAGGGUCUUGCCGUUCAGAGAUUACCCAGGGUAGGCGCACCCACCCACCACUGAACAACCCCACCCCUAGGCAGCCGCUCCAAGAGGCAUCUUCGUUUGCUCACCAAAACUGCAGCUGAUGGAUGCUGGUGGCAGAGGGCCGAGGUGGGGCUCAGCUGGAGCUUCAGGCAGAAGGGUUUUGAGGUAGUGGCUCCAGUCAAAGGUACAGUGCACCUCCCUCGCCAUGGUGAACUUGGAGGGAUGCUGCAGGGGCACCCUAAGAUCCGCAGGCCUCUAUGACUGUCAGUGUUGCCCUUUCUCAGCUGUAACUAUGCACUUAUAGCUACAGGAAGGAGUGGCCCCAAGGAGGGUCACUCAUAGCCACACACCCCAACUCCGACACCCUGGCCGCACAGGUGCACCCACAGCCCCACACAAAGAUGCAGAUGCACACACAUACCUCAAUUCAGGAGCAUGCAACUGUACGUGCACACAGGCACCUCCAUGUGUGCACACUCAUGGACACACAGGUGCAGAUGAGCACACACGUGGAUGUGGACACACAUUCCCACACGUGAAGACAUAGCCACUUGUGUGUUGCUUGUGAAGUGAUGCACAAAUGCAGGUGCACAUACUGUGAAAACACCCCCUUCCCCAGGAAAAGCCACUGGGGCUCCUGCGACCAUCUUGUCAGCUCCUUCCUUGGAAAAGCCACUGCGGCUCCUGGGACCCUGUCUUCUCAGCCCCUUCCUUGGGGAUGGGGCUAUGGAGGGACCCUAGCUGGCCCCCACUCCUCAGGGAGCCCCUGACCCUGCAUGGGGUCACAAGGAUCUAGAGAUCCCACAGCAAGUUAGAGCAAAGGCCACCGGGAUGAACUGAUGAUUCUGGUGAGGUCCUAAGGGUCUCUGGGAAGGAAGAGUUUUUCUCUGGUUCCUUGUGAAGGAAAAUGGCCAGGCAGAGAGCCAGGAGAGAGAGGGUCUGUGCUUGGAGGGGACAGUGUGUGACAGCGAGGGGUGGGCUGGAUGUAGAGUCUGAACACAGAGGAGUCAGCACCUUCUCCUGCAGGCCCUGAGGAGCUCCAGAGGGUGAUCUGAUUAUGAGGGGUACAGGCUCUGGCCUCAAUGCAGUUCCAGGGAGUGAGAAGCAGGCAUAGGACCAGCCAUGCUUCCUCAAGAUCACCUCAGGGAAGUGCAGAGAUGGCGUGACCCACACUCCAGCCACUUCAGGGUGGUUCUGCUGCCCUUCCUGGGCUACGCCUGAGAAAGGAAGGAGCAUUAGGUCAUGGAGUCUGGACAGGUGGGGCUGCCUGGGGCAUACUUGUCUCCCCACUUACCAGCUGUGUGGCCUUGGGCAAGUUAUUUAACCUCUCUGAUCCUCCACAUUCUCAUCUAUAAAAUGCAGACAAUAAUAGAGUCCUCCCUCAGGGGGCUGUUAUUAAUAUGUAUGUCAAAGAAUAACCCAAAGACGUUUCACUAAUUAUUAGCUCUCUGUUUAUUUCUGUACAAGGAACAUGUAUCUAUAGACUGAUUUCAACAAGAGUUAUAUAAGAGAGAGGGGAAAGAAAAACUGCAGACAGGCACGGGAAAUCUUGUUUGCACAUUUUUGGGUAAACUCAUUUGCUGCUGUCUUGCUUUGGCCAACUCUGUAUAUAAAGACGAGUGUUUCAGCUUUCAGAUUCCACGGGCAACCUUGACAGCAUUGCUGUGGUGCCAUGUGUGGGAGUGCCGGUCAUGUCUGCUGGCACCUACCACCGGGCACCUCCCCACCCCUAGCUUGGUUAGAUCAGGUCUGCUCCAUUCCCUCAUUGGAACCUUCUGCAGGGUUCACUGAGAUAAAGUGUCCAUUGCUUACAGCAGCUGCUCGCACACAGUAAGCGCUUAAUAAUUAUUCGCUCUUAGUGUUCCCUCCAUUUGUUCAACCAGAACUUGUUGAGCAGUUCCUCUGCCCCAGGCACAGAGGUGCUGAGAUGAGGCAAACACAGUCCCUGGCCUCCAGGAACUCUCAGAUCAGCUGAGGAGAGAGACAGACUGGUCACAGGUCACCAUUCCAUCCAGCCAGUCGGCCACCAGGCAGUCAGUGAGUGCCAACAGCAUGCCAGCCUCUCCAGGCCUGGGAGGGACCUAGAGGUGAAUCUGACUUGCUUCCUCCUUUUAGGGAGUUUCCAGUCCAAUCAGAGGUGUGGGAAACGCUGUGAUGGAGCUGGGUGGGGAAGGAUGCAGGACCGGGCUGCAGCACCACAGGGCUUCCCCCACCAUCCCCACCCCAUCCCUGUGGCAGUUCCCAAGUUCCCAACCUCCUUGAUCAGAUCUGGGUAGAGAGGGGGCUGUCAGGGAGUCCUGUGUCCUUCACAUCUCCCUGAGGCAAAGGAGCAAGGAGGGGUAAAGGGAAGGUGGGGAGAGCCUGGGAGAAGGAUUUUCAAGGGAAGGAGGUCGUCAAAGGGGUCAAAGAUAGGGACCCUGAGAAACCUAACCUAGGUGGGCCAGGUGCACAGCCAGGCAGCUGGUCUGUCCAGGUUAGUACCAGUGCCUCUCCUGGGUAGCACCAUCUGUCCUGAGCACCCUGAGGAUGACCUCCCUGUCCCUCAGGCAGGUGGGCAACAGGUGUGCUGGAUAAGACACCAAGGGCCCUGGCCAGAGCCACGAGGAGGUAGUUGGAGGUGAGGGUGAAGGUGCCCUGGCGGGUUGAGGGGCAGGGACAAGUAAAGAGUUAAGUGGUGGAGUUGCCUCACGUGAGGGCUCUCCCUGCCACACCCCAGGCAGGUGCUGCAGGUCUUGGUGCUCAGGUUCCAGCACUGACAGGUGA